AUGGCUGCAAACUUCCGUGAUUAUAUUCCUCCACCUGAUCAUCCAAAGAUAAAAGACCUCCACAAGGUCGAUGUCCAGGCUUAUGCGACGGAGACGUUGACUGCGCCCGGACCUCAAAAAAUUGUAUCGAGAUGGGUCUCGAAGUUGAAGGAGCCAUUCAUCGGUAUCACAGUGGAUGGUACUCGCAGUGAAGGCCUAUAUAGCCUUGAGGACGAAUCGGCCCCAACCGAGCAGAUGGUCAACCGUGCCAGUCGGAUUCUUCAGUUGUUCGAUCCAAGCGAGGCGCAGAAAUUACGCCAUGAUAUUGACUCUGAAAACUGGAGAAAGUGGUCGAAUCCCGAGUUCAUCAUCUACCGCACGGGGGUUCGUCUGGAAGAUCUAAAUGUGGAGCAACGACAGGCAAUUUUCGAUCUGCUACAGGCGAGUCUUAGUCCUGUUGGCUAUUCUCGGGUUUUAGGUGCCAUGCAGACAAAUGACUUUCUCGGCGAGUUAUGCAACGCGAAAGCGAUCCUCAACAGAUACAGCUAUCAGUUCACCCUCUAUGGCACGCCAUCCACUACCGAGCCCUGGGGAUUCUCCGUGUUUGGCCACCAUCUGAGUCUGAACAUCGUUGCUGUUGGUAAUCAGAUGGCAGUGAGUCCGAUCUUUCUAGGGGCUGAGCCAAACGUAAUUGAUUCAGGACCCGACGAAGGAGUUCGAAUUCUCGACUCAGCAGGAGAAUUGCCUCUUGCAUUGAUGCAGUCUCUUCCCAGAUACUUGCAGGACCGAGCCCAGAUAUACAAGACCUUGCAUGACGAGAAAAUGCCAGAUGACCGCUGGAACCCUGCAGAUCAACGACAUCUGAGCGGAGCGUUUCAAGAUAAUAGAGUGAUUCCAUAUGAGGGUAUCAAAGCUGAGGAGAUGCCACAGCCACAACAGGAAACUUUACUACGUCUGAUAUCCUUCUACCAGGAUAUUCUUCCAUCCGGGCCGUACAACGCCGGUAUGAACCGGAUAAAACGACACUGGGGUGAAACUCACUUUUGCUGGAUUGGCGGAUACAGCGAUGAGGAUGCGUUCUAUUAUCGGGUUCAGAGUCCGGUGCUGAUUAUUGAGUUCGAUCAUCACUCCGGGGUAUUUUUGCUGAAUAAGGAACCGGCAAAGUAUCACAUUCAUACAAUCAUGCGAAUGCCUAAUGGCAACGAUUAUGGAAAGGAGUUGAUCCGCCUGCAUCGGAAUGGGCUUCACUGA